GCGAUGGCGAACGUGGUGGAAGCGGGCAGAGUGACUGGCGAGAUGAAGAGAUCGAGGAGAUGCUGCGGGCACCGGCAUCGCCAGACGUAGAGGCAAGGAUGAAGAAGGCGCUGUACGCGCGGUAUCCGCCGGGGCGAUCGUUUGCGGAGCAGUACGCGCUCGAGUCGCGAGUCAAUGCCUCUGCUCGGCAGAACCGAGCCAUCUACGCCGCGAUUCGGCUGAAAGACGGAGUGCAGGUGGCAGUGAAGGUCAUUUCCAAGACAUAUCCUCGCCAGCUGGCUCGAGACGAGAUCGAUGCCCUCCGACGUGAGGCGCUUAUCCAGAUUGCCGUCUCGCGCCACCCGCACUGCGUCACCCUCCUCGACUACUUUGAGACCAAGAAGAAGAUAUACAUUGUGAUGGAGUACAUGGAUGGUGGAGAUCUGCUCGACUUUCUCGGCUCGCGCCCAGGCUCGCGGUUUACCGAGGGUGACGCCCGUGCACUGCUCGGCACCCUCGCCGGCACUCUCGCCUGGCUCCACGGCCACUCGAUCUGUCACCGCGACCUCAAGCCGUCCAACGUGCUGCUGGUGUCGGUGCCCGAGGGCACCGAUCUCGUCCCGGGCUCGUUGCCUGGUGGAUGCCUCGAGGGCUACGUCGUCAAGAUCUCUGACUUUGGCCUCUCCACCUUUCUCACCUCGGCCAUGACGACGCCGGUCGGGACGCGGUCGUUUGCCGCACCGGAGCUCCUUAACUGGUCGGCAGCAGCGUCGCCGGUGGCCGGCUCGUCACCGCCAACAUCAUUGGGCAGGCGGCAGAGCUCGACGGCAUACUCGGAGGCUGUCGACAUCUGGUCGUUUGGCAUCAUCAUGUACAUUGUGCUCAUCGGGACCAUGCCGCCAACGCCGCUUGCCUUCCCGCCGUUCGCCACGGCCCCGGUUUCGAACGAGGCCAAGGCCCUCAUCUCGGCGCUCAUCCAUCCGGACCCGGCUGAGCGGCCGAGCGCGCUCGAGUACACCGAGCCCGAGCCGGUCUUCCGGCCGUACGCUGUCAUGAAGAUUGAGCUGAACGGAAGCCGGCGCGAGCUGACGCGCGAGGAGUAUGGCGAGCUGGAGGAGGAGCUCGACUCGAUUGCCGAGUGGACGCUGCCGCCGCAGGAUCAGGGCUGGCAUGAUGCGCUGAUGGGCAUUGUGCAGGAGCUGAAGAAGCACCCCAAGGCCGAUCUGUUCUCGGUCCCGGUCGAUCCGCAGGCCCAUGGCGUGCCCGACUACUUUACAGUCAUCCACCAUCCCAUGGACCUCUCCACUGUCGAGACAAACUUGGCUUCUGGCAUCUACCCGGAGCCCGAGAUGGUCAUCGAUGACAUUCGUCGCGUCUUUCACAACUGCUUCAUCUACAACGGCAAGAACAACUGGGUCACAGACUCUGCACGCACCAUCUCCAAGCUCGCUGAGGACGCAUUCAUCAAGCUCAACGCGCUCGGCAUGCGCCAGUAG